CUUCCAUGACAUUUAUUACUGUCAGGUGCUGUGAUCGAAGGUUUUCUUCGCAUUGGUUGGUGUGUACUGCUGAAUUUUCCCCAAAAAGAAAAACCUUGUUAAAUUUUUGCGUGAGCAGCUUGCAAUAAAAAGUAUGUAAUUACAAUUUUUUCUUAUUAAUACGCACAAAAGUCAUUAUUCGCCUGAAUCAAUAUCCUGAAAUUAAUGGCGAUAUAUUCAAAAGUAAAUAUAAAUGCGACGGAUGUGAUUGUAAGCUAGUGUGAGUGGUGAAAAUCGACGAGCAAGGUGUGAAAAUCCAAUCAGUGCUGGCUGCGUCUCUAAACCACCCACAAACAACCCAAAAAAAAAAAAAUAUAUAUAUACAUACAUAUAAUAUAAAUCGAAUGAGUCGCUGACGACGGCGUUAAGCUACUCUUUAGCAAUAUCUUGCCAACAAACAGAAAUGUGUGGGGUAUGCCUUAAAUAAAGCAAACUCUGGUACACCGCAGGCAUUUGUUAUUUGUAUAAAAAAUUUGACCAGUAACAGAAAAAAACUGUCCGUCGGAAACAAACCAUAUCCGUAUAUGCGACGCAAUUACAAGAGCUUUUACCAAAAUAAUAGUGAAUAAAAAAGUAAGGUAAUACGGGAAAUACAACUACACAAGUUGCGUCGCCAGCUACGUACAAACCGACCACAACAAACAGUUUGCUGUAAUUUUUUUUUAAUUGUUUAGCAGCACAUCGCAUAUAGCAGGUGCGGUGGAUUUCAGGUGGUUGUUGUAUUCUUCAAAAGUUGACGUGAGCGCGUCAUGUCCGACAUCAUGAACAUCGAUAGCAUUAUUUCACGGUUAUUAGAAGUACGGGGUGCACGUCCUGGUAAAAAUGUGCAAUUAUCAGAGAGUGAAAUACGCGGUUUAUGUCUCAAGUCUCGGGAAAUAUUUCUAUCGCAGCCCAUACUCUUAGAACUGGAAGCACCUUUGAAAAUAUGCGGCGACAUUCAUGGUCAAUAUUAUGAUCUACUCCGUCUCUUCGAAUAUGGUGGAUUUCCGCCAGAAUCGAAUUAUCUAUUUUUGGGAGAUUAUGUUGAUCGUGGCAAACAGUCAUUGGAGACUAUUUGUUUACUGCUGGCUUAUAAAAUAAAAUAUUCCGAAAACUUUUUCUUGCUGAGAGGUAAUCACGAAUGCGCUAGUAUAAACAGAAUUUAUGGUUUUUACGAUGAAUGCAAGCGUCGUUAUACAAUAAAGUUGUGGAAAACGUUUACAGAUUGUUUUAAUUGUUUACCUGUGGCGGCUAUUGUCGAUGAAAAAAUUUUCUGUUGUCACGGUGGACUCAGUCCCGAUUUAUCCUCCAUGGAGCAAAUUAGACGCAUUAUGCGCCCUACAGAUGUGCCCGAUCAGGGUUUACUCUGCGAUCUCUUAUGGUCAGAUCCAGAUAAGGACACAAUGGGCUGGGGUGAAAAUGAUCGUGGUGUAAGCUUCACAUUUGGCGCUGAGGUCGUUGGGAAAUUUUUACAAAAACACGAUUUUGAUUUAAUUUGUCGAGCACAUCAAGUGGUCGAGGAUGGUUAUGAGUUCUUUGCAAAACGACAGUUGGUCACACUAUUCUCGGCACCAAAUUAUUGUGGCGAGUUUGAUAACGCUGGUGCAAUGAUGUCUGUGGAUGAUACACUAAUGUGUUCUUUCCAAAUAUUGAAACCGGCUGAUAAACGUCGGUUCGUCUAUCCAAAUUUCGGCAGCUCAGCGCGUCCGCUAACUCCACCACGUGGAGCAAACAAUAAAAAUAAAAAGAAAUAAACACAAAGAACAAUGCAAAUUUAGCAUAAUUAUAAUCAAAUAUUAAAUAUUCAUAAACAAAAAUGGAGAAAAGUUACGAAAUUGUUAAAAAUUGCGAUAAAAACCAAAAUGUAAAAAAUGCAUCGUAAAACGCAAACUAAAAGACAUUGCUAUUGGAGACGUUAAUCAACAGUUUGGAAAAUAUGCAAUUGCAACGGAAAAACGUACUGUGCAUUACACACCUAUACACACACACACCAACAAUCAAGAGCAGGUUGAAUUAUUCACUUCGCUAUUUUUAAAUAAUUUUAAUAAUUAGUAUUUAGAAGUAAUUGUUACUAUUGCUUACGCAUGUUUUAGCAUUUUCAAUUUAUUAGUUUAUAUUUUUAAAGCAAAAAAUGUUUUAUUAAGUAGAAGUUGAAAGAUUGAUAAGAAGAAAGAUUUAUUUUGACAACAGAGCUACCAUUCAUAUAUUGUAUGAAGAAAUCAUGGUUUUGAAUUUAUUACGAGUGUAUUUUUGAAUAUUUGCAUCUUACACAUGCAUAUGUACAUGCGUAUUAGAUCUUAAGCGCAAACGUUAAUAAUCAAAUAUAUUAGUGGGAAAUUC